CUCUCCUCGACAUAAAUACAAGUUUUGUAUAUUAAUUGUGAAUUAGAAUUAAAUACUAAAUGUUUUGCACGUCUCGUAAAAUAUUAAACUUCUUUUAAAUACUUAUUCAAAAAGUUUUGUUUGAAAAAGAAGUCAUUUUCAGUAUUAAAGUCGAUCUAAUAUUUCAUUACUGAUGAAGACAUUACCAUUAGAUGUGAUUAUCCUAUUGUCGGUUUUAAUAAUAAAUUGCUUUAUAAAAGACGUUAAGACACAAGAAGUAACGCAACGGUGUCUUCAAUGUAUUUGUAAGGCCAGCUCUGGUUGUAAACUGAACACAAAGUGCCACAAUUCCGGUACCAAUGCCUACUUCUGCGGUCCGUAUCAGAUCUCGUGGGCGUAUUGGUCGGACGCGGGAAAGCCAGGAAACACCGGCCGUUCCGAUGAUUUCGAGCACUGUUUGAAUGACAAAAACUGUGCGGAAGUGACGGUCAGGGGGUAUAUGAGUAAAUGGGCCACAGAUUGCAAUAACGACGGUGUCGUCGAUUGCCUCGACUUCGCUGCUAUACAUAAGGCCGGCGCGAGUUCUUGCAAUCAACAAUGGCUUUACAACAGUCAGUACUGGAAUGUCUUCCGUCAGUGUCAGCUCAGCUCCGGUGACGCGUCCCCAUCACAGCCAGCCCUCGACGAUAAGCCAUGGCAGCCAUCCUCUCAACCGCAAACACCUAAACCACAACCGCAGCCCCAUUUGCCCGACUCUUCUUGGAAUCGACCUCAAUCUCAACCACAGCCUCAGCCAUACCCUAAUGACCCCUACAACCAACCGCCGCCUCCGCCCUCCCCUCCCAACGACCCCUGGAAUAAACCGCAGCCGACCUCUGAUGAUGGAGUCAUACAAGUGUUUCCGGGAAAUCCAACUAACCCUCAGCCACAGCCCGACGAACCUUGGAAUCGGCCGCAAUCGCAACCAAAACCACCCGCACCUCGACCUGUGCUAAGACCCCAACCGUAUCCCAGUGUUGCCGACACACCUCAACCCCAACCCAAACCCGACGAUUCGUGGGAUCCAAUCCCACCGCAACCCAUAAACAAUGACAAUUACAACGAACCACAACCCGACCCAUGGAAUCAGCCUCAGCCACCGGCCCAACCAAAUCCCGAUCCUUAUUCUAAUGAUCCCUAUAAUAACCCGUCCCAACCCGUGACCGAAGAUCCGUGGGAUGAAGUAUCGCGAGCUGUCGAUCGAGAAGUGGCUCAACCGUCGCCUAAACCGCAAUCACAACCACAACCGACUGAUCCCUGGAAUAUAUUCAACGGUCAAUCGCCACCCCGUGUUCCCGGAAGGGCUCCCACACAACCCAUCAGUUGGUCCACACCAACGGGCCCUCAACCCAGCGCUGCAAAUCCUUAUGACACCCAUAAUAGCCCAGGAGUUCCGUCCAGUCAACCAAAACCACCGCCGUCGCCGUCUCUGAUAGAAGUGCCAAACAAUGCAUCCGUUGGUGACAAUUGUUUUGACUGUAUUUGUCAGGCGAGCAGUGAUUGCGAUCUUAACAAACAGUGCGAAGGUUCGUAUUGCGGGCCAUACCUAAUCAGUUGGGCCUAUUGGUCGGACGGCGGUCAACCCGGAGGUGAUUACGCGACCUGUGCUAAUGACAAGGCAUGUGCUGAGCGCACAGUUCAGGGAUAUAUGAAUAAAUGGCAGAGAGAUUGCAAUGGAGACGGUGUCGUCGAUUGUGCCGACUUUGCGGCGAUUCAUAAAUUAGGUCCGCAUUCAUGCAAUUCGGAGUCACUUCGAGGCACCGAUUACUGGACGUCAUACCAGUCCUGUCAAAGCCCGGCGAUUGAGGCGCGAAGACUCGAGCCCAACCCUAAAAGGGAUUCAAUAACCGGCCGAAGUGUCCCACAGUCUCAGCCGAACGCAAACGUAUUCCUCGAGUACCCGAACCAUAACACAAAACCUAUUGAGUUGAGAGCCGGUAAUCCUGUGACCAGAGAUGCGCCCAAUUAUUACGCAAGAGAUGCACGGAUAGAGUUUCCCAGAGAUGACUCUCCCAAUCGAUUCGAAGCCACGACAGGACCCGUCUCUCCACCGAUCGCUGCCGACAACAGAUCCAACGAAAGAGCGUUUGAAGCUCUGGGACUACAGCGCGAGUGUUUAGACUGUAUUUGUCACGCGAGCAGCGUAAAAGUAAAACUCCAGAUAUGGGAUACGGCUGGUCAGGAGCGUUUCCGUAGUAUUACACAGAGCUAUUAUCGGUCGGCCCACUGUCUGAUGUUGGUCUACGAUAUCAGUUCCCAACCAUCGUUUGAUUCGCUACACCAAUGGUGUCGAGAUAUGGAACAGUACGCCGGGGAUUAUAAAUUGAGUUUUGGAGCCGGCGCGAGUUCUUGCAAUCAACAAUGGCUUUACAACAGUCAGUACUGGAAUGUCUUCCGUCAGUGUCAGCUCAGCUCCGGUGACGCGUCCCCAUCACAGCCAUCACAGCCAGCCCUCGACGAUAAGCCAUGGCAGCCAUCCUCUCAACCGCAAACACCUAAACUACAACCGCAGCCCUAUUUGCCCGACUCUUCGUGGAAUCGACCUCAAUCUCAACCACAGCCUCAGCCAUACCCUAAUGACCCCUACAACCAACCGCCACCUCCGCCCUCCCCUCCCAACGACCCCUGGAAUAAACCGCAGCCGACCUCUGAUGAUGGAGUCAUACAAGUGUUUCCGGGAAAUCCAACUAACCCUCAGCCACAGCCCGACGAACCCUGGAAUCGGCCGCAAUCGCAACCAAAACCACCCGCACCUCGACCUGUGCUAAGACCCCAACCAUAUCCCAGUGUUGUCGACACACCUCAACCCCAACCCAAACCCGAUGAUUCGUGGGAUCCAAUCCCACCGCAACCCAUAAACAAUGACAAUUACAACGAACCACAACCCGACCCAUGGAAUCAACCUCAGCCACCGGCCCAACCAAAUCCCGAUCCCUAUCCUAAUGAUCCCUAUAAUAACCCGUCCCAACCCGUGACCGAAGAUCCGUGGGAUGAAGUAUCGCGAGCUGUCGAUCGAGAAGUGGCUCAACCUUCGCCUAAACCACAAUCACAACCGACUGAUCCCUGGAAUAUAUUCAACGGCCAAUCGCCACCCCGUGUUCCCGGAAGGGCUCCCACACAACCCAUCAGUUGGUCCACACCAACGGGCCCUCAACCCAGCGCUGGAAAUCCUUAUGACACCCAUAAUAGCCCAGGAGUUCCGUCCAAUCAACCAAAACCACCGCCGUCGCCGUCUCUGAUAGAAGUGCCAAACAAUGCAUCCGUUGGUGACAAUUGUUUGGAUUGUAUUUGUCAGGCGAGCAGUGAUUGCGAUCUUAACAAACAGUGCGAAGGUUCGUAUUGCGGGCCAUACCUAAUCAGUUGGGCCUAUUGGUCGGACGGCGGUCAACCCGGGGGUGAUUACGCGACCUGUGCUAAUGAUAAGGCAUGUGCUGAGCGCACAGUUCAGGGAUAUAUGAAUAAAUGGCAGAGAGAUUGCGAUGGAGACGGUGUCGUCGAUUGUGCCGACUUUGCGGCGAUUCAUAAAUUAGGGCCGCAUUCAUGCAAUUCGGAGUCACUUCGAGGCACCGAUUACUGGACGUCAUACCAGUCCUGUCAAAGUCCGGCGAUUGAGGCGCGAAGACUCGAGCCCAACCCUAAAAGGGAUUCAAUAACCGGCCGAAGUGUCCCACAGUCUCAGCCGAACGCAAACGUAUUCCUCGAGUACCCGAAUCAUAACGCAAAACCUAUUGAGUUGAGAGCCGGUAAUCCUGUGACUAGAGAUGCGCCCAAUUAUUACACAAGAGAUGCUCGGGUAGUGUUUCCCAGGGAUGACUCUUCCAAUCGAUACGAAGCCACGACAGGACCCGUCUCUUCGCCGAUCGCUGCCGACAACAGAUCCAACGAAAGAGCGUUUGAAGCUCUGGGACUACAGCGCGAGUGUUUAGACUGUAUUUGU